GGGACUUUCGCUGUAAAUUGCACUUGAGUUAUUCACAUCAUUUUCAUUCAUUCAGAGUCCGCGACUCCAUUGACCGCGAGCUAUGGCUGCACAAUCCCAGAACCUGGAGAGCCUUGGAUCUACCAUUUCAGCUCUUUCCAAGUCUCUCGCUGAUCAGCUCAAAGCUUUGGAUCAGCCCGAGCCAUCAUUCGCAGCUGACGCUCCGGUGUCGUUGCCCCCCUUCCCCGAUGUCCAAGGCAUCCGAAUGAAGCUUUUGGAGUCCUUGGAAGGUCUGCAUCAUCUCAUCACCGGUUCUAGCGACUUUUGGUUCCAAGAAAGCAUGUUUCUGAACCACGCGCUGCUCACCUUUGAUGUUUUCAACAACUUCGAUUUCUGGCAUGCAGUUCCUCUCAAUGGCUCAGCUAGCUAUGCCGACAUUGCCCAGUCCACCAACCUGCCUGAGCAGAUUGUACGACGAUUCUUGAGACUGGCAUUCACUAUGUUUGUCUUUUCUGAGGAAGAGCCAGGUUCAGACCGUGUAGUGCACACGGCAGCAUCUGCACAUAUGGUGCGCUUUCCUUUUGUGCGGGCCUUUGUCGCACACAACAUGGAGGAUGUCAGGCCAGCCGCUACAGUUGGUGUCGACGCCUUGAAGAAGUGGUUUGUUGGCCAUGCAGAGCCCCCUGAGGAUGUUGCAACGUGUGCCCUGCCGCUGGCGACGGACAAUGGCCGGCAGCGGGGUACAGAUCUUUGGACUUACCUGGAAGACUUUGAGCGGCCGGACCAGCCGAAAGGCUUCCGUGCGGAGCGCUUUGCCCAGGCGAUGCAGGGGCUGCGAGAAACAAGCGGGGCCAUGACGGAGAUGACCCUGAAGGAAUUCGACUGGGACAGCUUGAACGAGGCCACCGUCGUCGAUGUCGGAGGGUCUGCUGGACAUAUCAGUGUCAUUCUGGCUGAGAACUAUCCCAAGUUGAAGCUCGUGGUGCAGGACCUGGCCGCUGCCCAGGGUGCCUUUGACGCGAAUGUCGGAUCCUCUCCAUAUGCCUCCCGUAUCCAGUUUCAGGCACAUGACUUCUUCCAGCCACAGGAUGUCCCAGCGGAUGUUUUCCUCCUGAAGUCAGUCUUGCAUGACUGGUCCGACAAAUAUGUCUUGCAGAUUGUCCGGAAUCUCCUCGGCGUUCUCCAGCCAGGCAAUCAUCUGCUCGUGUUUGAUUUUGUCGUACCAGCGGACCACGACGAGGAAGGCCAGUCGACGACGCCAUUGCCGAUCAGGAAGUUUAUCGCGGCGAUUGACCUGCAAAUGCAUGUGGCCUGCAACUCCAAGGAGCGACGAUUGGAGGACUGGACUGAGGUGAUUCGGCGAGCUGAUGCCCGAUUCCAACUGGAGGGGGUUCAUGUGCCUCCUGGAUCGCCUCUGGGGGUCCUCGACUUUGUGUUCCGGGGAUAA